AUGCACAUCCGGUCUUUACUUUCUGCUCGGCACAUGCGGGCUUGUGAAAGGGCACGCGAAGUUGCCAUAAGUGGAGCCGAUGACGGUGGUGGUGGCAGAUCCGUGAGGGAAGGCGAGGUGGAGCUGCAAAAUGCCGAAGGGUUUGCGGCUGCAGGCAAUGAAGAGGGCCAACGUGUUGAAAUUGUUGGUGUUCCAAUUGAAAAUCGCGUUCGGCCGCGUGCGCGACUGCCUAGGGGUGUUGUUGUCGUGCCCCACGAAGAUGAAGAGGUGUAUAUUGACUUUAGAAAGCUGCCUGAGAUCCCUGAGGCGGAGCCGCCGCCACCGACCGAGGAAGAACUCCGCCGCAUUAUGGAGGAAAAAAGCCGUGUGGCGUCACCGGAGUUUUAUGGUCGUUCUGAGUACAUCGAGCAUCAUAGCUCUGCACGAAAUACACCACAACAUAUCUACACCAAUUCCUUUUCAAUCAAACAGGGCAAACACGGAGCCAGCGCCGGGUUCUACGCGCCGAGCGUGAGCAGUUCGUGCAGCAUGCAGAGUUUCUACGAACCCAAAGCUCCGUAUGCGGUAUCCCUGCAGAGUUUCCUAGAGCACUAUCGUCACAGACAGCAGUCCGAUAAUCUAUUUAUGGGAUCUUUCCGGGAGAGCGGUGAUCGGCGCGGGAGUAGUCAAAAUAAUAGCCAGAACGUGGUCUACCCCGCGAUGGAGAGCACCUCCGAUGAGUUCGACGACAGUGGCUCCGACAAGGGGGGUUCCGUACGACGGGAGAUCUGCGCUGUAACCUGCGAGAACGACGCCUCCCUGCAGUGGCAGCGAAUCCGUGGGGAGUUGCAGCCAAACGGAUGCCCCUCUCACCCUUACGGUACCGCCUCGGUGGCGCCGCGGAGCAGUAGCACCUUGUCGUCCAACGCAUUCCAACCGAGCCGUGAGGUGCCGCGGGGGGGGUAA